AUGCCAUCCUAUGAUGAGUUAGAGAAGACAGGAAACGCUUCCUCAUACAUAAUAUUCCAGAGAACAGUUGAGCGAUGGCCAGAUAGAGAAGGAUUUGUAUUCGAAGGGAGAUCGUGGACGUACGCACAGGCUGAACGACAAAUAGAUAAAUUGGCAUCAUGGUUACGUACGAAGAAUCUACAAACCAAAGAUACCGUCUCAAUCUUUAUGAGCAAUUCUGAUCUAUUUGUCUUUAUCAUAUUGGCAUUACAAAAGCUUGCCCACCCCACAUCCCUUGUCAACAUUUACCUUCGCGACAAUGCUCUUAAUCAUGCUAUUACGACCUGCGAACCUAAGCUGAUUAUUGCAUCUGAAGAUACCAUUGAACGUAUUAAGGGUAUUAAUUAUGCAAGUGUUGGACUUGUCGAGCUGAAAUAUGCAAGAGAGAAUAAUGAAAGAAGCGAGACAAUCGCAAGAGAAGGAAUUGAGGUUGUUCAUUUAACAGAGUUAGAGGAGGGCGAGAAAUUGCCAAUGGUGAAAACCGAGGGAUUAGAUACUGCCUUCUUUAUUUAUACUAGUGGAACUACUGGAUUAUCUAAGGCAGUUUGUAUGCCUCACAAAGCCUUUGUCGUGUUUGGUCUGUUCAAUUCACAUCACGCCGAUCUAGCGCCUAACGAUAGAUGUUAUUGUUGCCUUCCUCUUUAUCAUACGUCGGCAUUGGGUACAACAUUAUUUAGAACCAUCGGUGCAGGAGUAACUAUUAUUAUCGGACGCAAAUUCAAUGCAAGGACGUUCUGGAAAGAAUGUCGCGAAAGUAGAGCUACAUCAUUUCAACAUGUAGGUGAAUUGUGCCGAUAUUUAAUGCUCCAACCCCCCUCGCCUGACGACAGAAACCAUUCAGUUGAACUUAUAAUUGGAAAUGGAUUAAAAGCAGAUAUUUGGGAGGCGUUCAGAGAGCGGUUUGGUGUAAAAUACAUUUUUGAAUUCUACGGUCAGACCGAGGGGCAAGUGGGAUUUUACAAUUAUAACGCCGGUCCUUAUGGAGUUGGGGCGGUUGGAUUACGAGGGCCUCUGCAAAGGCUUCUUCUCCGAGGCACCCGACUUGUAAAGUUUGACUACGAAACCGAAAUGCCCUAUCGUGACCCAAAAACAGGAUUCUGUGUCGAGGCAGGUGCCAACGAACCGGGUGAGGCCAUCGGAGCAAACGUACCCGGAUUCACGAUACCCAAAUCAUAUUUGAAAAAUGAUAAAGCAAACGAGAAUAUAUUUCUACGAGAUGUCUUUGAAAAGGGGGAUGCCUGGCAACGUUCGGGAGAUCUACUUAAGAGAGAUAAAGACGGGCGUAUUUAUUUUGUUGAACGAAUUGGAGAUACGUUCAGAUGGAAAGGCGAAAACGUUGCAACAGACGAGAUAGCCGAUUGCAUAUCUAACAAGCCUUUUAUAUCCGAAGUCGUUGUAUAUGGUGUUUCUAUUCCUCAUUAUGAUGGCCAAGCUGGCAUGGCUACUCUAGUGUUGGAGAAGAAAGACAACCAAGUGGUUAAGCAGGUCACUCAGACUUUAUUCAAGACGUUACUCGAUGAUGGAGUUCCCAAUUAUGCUAUUCCGAGAUUUAUUAGAUUCGUAGAUAGGAUUCCUAUGACGGUGACUCACAAAUAUCAAAAGGCGCGACUAAAACAGGAAGGAAUUGAUAUAGAAAAAUGUGGAAAAGGUAAAUUAUUUGUAAUUGAUAGGGAGAAGAUGAUUUAUGUUCCACUCGAGGGGGAAAAUCAUAAAGCCGUCACCUCAGGGACAGCCAAGUUGUAA